ACCCCUUCGUCGGGAAGGAGUGGACGAAGGCCUACAAGCGCGGCAGUGAGUCCUACGAAGACAUCCUGCUGAAGCACGUGGACCUGGGCGUGGCGAUGCUGGAGGCGACGUCCAGUCGGACCAGAGACAUCACUUGGCUCAAGGAAAUCAGACCGAAGGUGUGGCAGAUGUUCCUGCGGCAACUGGAGAGCGAGGAGCCCUUCGCCGUCGUCUGCCACGGGGACGGCUGGAGCUCCAACAUCCUGUUCAGGUACGACUCGAUGGACACCCCCGUGGAGGCUAUUUUCGUGGACCUGCAGCAAGUACGCCUCGCCUCUCCGGCCACGGACAUCCACGCCCUAAUGGCGCCCAACCUGACGUCCAGCGUGAGGUUACAGGAACACCACUCAAUGAUGGUCGCCUACCUCAACACCUUCAGGGGCGUGAUGGAGGCUGGCGGGGCGAAAAUCCCCUUCAACCUCGGCUCCCUGGAGUCGGAAUACAGGGACAAGACCCUCUACGGCUUCCUCUCCGCCCUCAUUUACAUCCCCCUGGCCUUGCAGAAGGGCGGCGGCAGGAUCCACCCUCUGAGCGAAGAGGCAGGUGCCCUCAUUAAGGACAAGGAACAGGUUUUGGAGGCGGUGAAGAAGGAUCGGGAUAUGGUUCCCCUCCUCGUGGGGCUGCUGGACGAGGGGGAAAAAUUCGGGCUCCUUGCGUGAUCGCAACGCAGCGCUCUCUCGUUUCUCUCUUCCUUUUGUUAUUGUGUGUGUUGCGCAAUCUCCUUCUGUAUCUGUCUCUGCGCCGUCGGUCUACAGCCUUGCUUUCCGGUUGGCGCUUCGUAGAGCUGCGAAGCCCAAUUACAACGGAACGGCCUGUAGCGCGAUACUUGUAUUCUUCAGCUGGCGCACAAACGCUACGUCCUGAGAGAUGGUAAAUCUUAAUUGUGAAGAAACAGGAGAGCAUAAUUCUUGACUCUUAAGCUUAACUGCUUGACAAAAAAUGGAAAAUAUGUCCAAGAAAGAUGGAGAGAAGACAGUUGUAAAUACUUACACAGAAAAAGUCGAAAGGAAAUGUGUUCAUACACGAAAUAUGAAAUUCAAAAAGCUCGUUCGUUCAAUGUUCACAUUUGAGUGUCACCGUAGCGCUACGGACUGUUCCGUUCGAUAGUAUGUAUUCCUUGUAGCGCAUUUCCAACGGAACGCAGGGCCGCUGUUAUAAUAUGGAUGAAUUAUAUGUUUUUCUUUUCUU